AUGUCUCUCGUUAGUAGAGACAUGUCUCUCGUUAGUAGAGACAUGUCUCUCGUUAGUAGAGACAUGUCUCUCGUUAGUAGAGACAUGUCUCUCGUUAGUAGAGACAUGUCUCUCGUUAGUAGAGACAUGUCUCUCGUUAGUAGAGACAUGUCUCUCGUUAGUAGAGACAUGUCUCUCGUUAGUAGAGACAUGUCUCUCGUUAGUAGAGACAUGUCUCUCGUUAGUAGUAGAGACAUGUCUCUCGUUAGUAUGUCUCUCGUUAGUAGAGACAUGUCUCUCGUUAGUAGAGACAUGUCUCUCGUUAGUAGAGACAUGUCUCUCGUUAGUAGAGACAUGUCUCUCAGACAUGUCUCUCGUUAG